CCUUCAUUUUCCCAGGAAUUGUGCAUAUUAGGAUUGAUUCAUCAUUUUAAAUGGGAAUUAUUGUUUAUAUUUUUUUGGGGAAUUAAUCCCCAUCUACGUUAGUAUUCAAUAUAAUUCGAUGAAAUAACCUUAUAAUAUAUAUGUCACUUUUUGAUAGAAGAUAAGGCUCGAUAAAUAAACAAAUAAUCAAUUUCUAUUUUCCAUUUACAUUGGUGUUCUUGUAUUAAUAUAGUCAAUUCAUGGAGAAACAACUUCAAGAUCUACUUUAGGAUGGAUAAUACUACAAUACAGGAGUAUAAAAGAUUUCACCGUUAUCAUGGUGAUUAUAUUGUACUGUCUGAAGAUGAGACCGUUGCUUAUCGAACAAGAAGUUUUGCAAAUGCGGUUACUUUCAGUGCUAAACCCUUAUUACCAGGAGAACUAUUUAUUGUAGAAAUUGAAGAGAAUGAUAGAGGUUGGUGUGGUCAUAUGAGAAUAGGAUUGACCCAAUCAGAUCCAAAUACUUUAUCUACUGCAAUUCCCCAAUUUGCUUUGCCAGAUUUAUCAGUAUUUGGUACUUCUUGGAUAUUUGGUAUAUCUAGACCACAUAGUUUAGUGAAUAAUAUAGAUCAAGAUGAGCAACCUCAAGAUCAGAAUGGGCAACCCCAAAAUCAGAAUGAGCAACUUCAAGAUCAGAAUCAGCAACCUCAAGAUCAGAAUGAACAACCUCGAGAUCAGAAUGAGCAACCUCAAGAUAAUGGCAAUGGUAAUUCCAGCUAUUUUACAAGCUGUAAAAGGUUGACCUACGAUAGUAAAAGUAUUAAGACUUGUAGAGGUGUAAUUCCAAGGUAUUGUCUUAUAUCUAGUAGAGCUCGAGCUGGAGAACUUUACCCAACUGAUGUGGGUAGUAGAAUAGGAGUUAUGUUCAUUCCAACAUCUGAAAAUAGAGCAGAUAUGCAUUUUAUAAUAAAUGGAGAAGAUCAAGGACCUUUAUCCAGAGAUAUACCAUAUAGAGAUGCUCCUUUGUAUGCUGUAGUAGAUGUGUAUGGCACAACCAAAAAAAUUAGAAUUAUUCAGAUAUCAUUAGUUCCUUCUUUACAAGCAGCUUGCAGGGAAGCAAUCCUACAAAGAGUUCCAGAGGGUAUGAUUGAUUUGUUACCUCUUCCUAAAUUGUUGAAACAUUUUUUGUUGUUCGAAGUUUAAAUAUUUAUUGAAAGAUAUAUUGCCAUUGAUGAAUCCAUUUCAAGCUAACUCAUUUAAAAGUACAAAAGUCCUUUAGUUUUUUGAACUGAAAGGAACUCCCAGUGAUAUUCUGUUCAAUAAGUUAAGUACCUAGAAUUAUUGACUAAACAUUGUAAUAUUAAAUGUUUUUGAACCGUAUUCAGCUGAUGGUCCCUUGAAUUAUGUCUUUACUGCCUCUAUUUGUUACUUUUUAUAAAAAAUAAUUAUGCUAAUAUAAAUUUAUGUUUGUCAUGAAUUGUAAAUAAAUGUUUAUAUUGUU